AUGACAGCGGAUUCGCUCCGUGAGCGAUUUCGGAACCAUAAUGCAGAUUCGUCGUUACUGAACACAUCAGCUGCAUCGAACCGGUCAGCAUUUGAAGACAAAAUGUCUCCAGUUUGCACUUCUCGAUAUAUCAACAAUAAUCAGAGGAUCGAGUUCAUGAGAGUUAACACAUUGGAGACUAGAAUCAAAUGGCACAUUGUGCUUCUCACAAUCUUCAGCAUCGACCACUUUGUUUUCAACUCAUCAAUCACAUCAUUCAUACUACUUUUUGGAUUCUUCCCGGCAGCUGUGUACUCCACUGUAUCGUCUCUCGUGAUCAUUUAUUCGCUGAUUAUGAUCGGUUCCUGCACAUUUGAAAUCAAAUUUCCCAAUGCUGUUAAAAAUCUGUUCCAGUCCAAGUCACCAGUUAAGAAAGUUCCUACACAGUGCACUCCAUCGGCAAACGAUAGCCAACAUCUUGUGAAUACCAGUGUCAACAGCAACGAUCUCUCCUGGGUAGAUGCCCAUCGAUUUGGAACUCCUUUGUUCAAAUCUAGUCAGCUCAAGCAGUCACCAUCACCUGUCAAAACAUCGUUCCACAUGAAUACAUCUGUAUCUGACGCGUCUGGCAUUUUUGAGGAUAGCAAGGGAGGAUGGAAGAGUCCAGCUGCGUAUUCAAAACCAACUGAUACGAUUCAUACCAGAAAGCAGCUGGAUGUCCUGUUGAAAUCUAACAAGAACGAUGCACCAAUUGAUCUGAAUGCGUCACAAGCUUUCUCCUCGAUUUGGACUGUUUUUGAUUUGGGAAGGAACGGACAGAACAAUGGGAAUAACACGUGGCAAUUGUCGGAAGAAAUUGCAGAAGAUCAAUCGACUGCGAACACAUCUUAUCGUAUGAAAAUCGGCAAAAACGGAAGAACAGAAGUUAAAAUGGUGAGACGUGGCAAAGACGGAGAGAUUGAAGAAGAGGAUGAAGAUGAGUUGAAUCGUUUGCACAAAAUAAUGAAUACAGCAAAGAACACCCCGGAUAACAAGACUGGAAUUCUCAAAAGAUCAAAUUCGAUGGAUCGUUCAGGCGUCCGUAGCCGUCGUAGAUCCCACGGAUCUCCGGAAAGAACAUCUGGAUCUGAGAAUGAGAUGAGAUACCGAACUGGAGAGUUGUUGACUGAGGAGCAACAGAAAAGAGCGGAAUUCCUUACACGUGCCUGGAUUCGUAAUACUGUGAUUCUUCCGUUGGCUCAACACAUCGACAAAGUUAACAAACUUCUUGACAAGGAGCAUGCGAAUCCUCCACUUCGUAUCGGUUCUUCUUCAGUUGAUACGUUGAAACUAGCAGCAAUGGAACGAGAUGCUUUGAAGUCGUCGGAUCUUCCAUUCCUCCUUCCAUUCCUCAGUGUUCAUCCAAACCAAAAAUACUUGGUUAGCCGUAUCAAAGAGUUGAGCGUAUCACAAUUCAUGGACGUCUACAAAUGGGAUUCUGGAGGCACGGAACCAUCAGAUGAUGCGGGUCAGAAGACACGUUUGGUUCGACGAGAGUGGAAUGAUUCACUUCCAACUGAUGCAGUUCUCGUUUUCGAUCUCUUCCUAGCUUACAUGGACGCACAACUCAAUUCGAAUUGUCUUGUUGGAGAUAACAGACUCGAUCAACCAUUCACCAGUCGUUUCUGUGUCAAGAGCCCAUGUAAGCCAAAUUCUGCUCAGAAAUCUCCGUUCAGCUUCUAUCUUUAUAUGGUCACUCAAUCCCCUCCACACUUUGAAUUCGUGCACAUUGAUGAGAAUGGAUAUGCUGUGAAAUGCAAUGUACUUCGCCAAACUUCCAAUCUCUUCCGUGCUAUCGCUCAAUUCGUUCAUUUUGUGAAAUACGAAAAUCAUGGAUACAUCGAUAGAACCUCGAUCGGACCAUCUGGAAUCAACAUGGUGGUUGUACUUGCUUAA